AUGAACUGUAUUAAAACACACUGGGAUGGAGAAGACCAGAGGAAAAUCCACAGCUGCCCUCAGUGCAGGAAAGAGUUCAAACCGAGACCUAACCUAGAGAAAAACUUCAUGUUAGCAGAGUUGGUGGAGGACCUGAAGAAGACUGAACUCCAAGCUGCUCCAGCUGAUCACUGCUAUGCUGGACCUGAAGAUGUGGCCUGUGAUGUCUGCACUGGGAGGAAGAUGAAAGCUGUCAAGUCCUGUCUGGUUUGUUUGAUUACUUAUUGUGAAAAUCACCUUCAGCCUCAUUAUCAAUUAUCUGCUUUUAAAAAACACAAACUGGUGGAUCCCUCCAAGAAGCUGCAGGAGAACAUCUGCUCUCGUCAUGAUGAGGUGAUGAAGAUCUUCUGUCGUACUGAUCAGCAGUGUAUCUGUUAUCUCUGCACUAUGGAAGAACAUAAAGGCCAUGAAACAGUAACAGCUGCAGCAGAAAGGACUGAGAAGCAGAAGAAGCUCCAGGAGAGUCGACAACAAAUCCAUCAGAGAAUCCAGGACCAAGAGAAAGAUGUGAAGCUGCUUCAACAGGAGGUGGAGGCCAUCAAUGUCUCUGCUGAUAAAGCAGUGGAGGACAGUGAGGAGAUCUUCACUGAGCUGAUCCGUCUCCUCCAGGAAAGAAGCUCUGAGGUGAAGCAGCAGAUCAGAUCCCAGCAGGAAACUGAAGUGAGUCGAGUCAAAGAUGUUCAGGAGAAGCUGGAGCAGGAGAUCAGUGAGCUGAAGAGGAAAGACGCUGAGCUGGAGCAGCUCUCACACACAGAGGAUCACAGCCAGUUUCUCCUCAACUACCCCUCACUGCCAGCACUCAGKGAGUCKAMACMCUCAUCCAGCAUCAACAUCCGUCCUCUGARACACUUUGAGGACGUGRCAGCAGCUGUGUCAGAGCUCAGAGACAAACUACAGGACGUACUGAGAGACGGAUUGACAAACAUCUCACUGACAGUCAAUGAAGUGGAUGAACCAGAACCAAAGACCAGAGAUGAGUUCUUAAAAUAUUUUCAAGAAAUCACUCUGGAUCCAAAAACAGCCUUAAACAGAUUUCUAUUAUUAUCUGAGGGGAAGAGAAAAGUAACAUUUGUGAACCAUGAACAGUCUUAUCCUGACCAUCCAGACAGAUUUGAUGGUUUAUGUUAUCAGGUUCUGAGCACAGAGAGUCUGACUGAAUGUUGUUACUGGGAGGUGGAGUGGAGAGGAGGAGGAGCUGUAGCCGUUUCAUACAAGAACAUCAGCAGAACAGAAAGACUAGGAUCCAAUGACCAAUCCUGGGCGUUAUAUUGUGAUACAUACAGUUACACAUUUUAUCACAACAACAUUAAAACUCCAGUUUCCUCCAGAAUCGGAGUGUACCUGGAUCAUAUAGWAGGUAUUCUGUGUUUCUACAGCGUCUCUAAAACUAUGACUCUGAUCCAGAGUCCAGACCAGAUUCACUCAGCCUCUACAUGUUGGGAUUAG